GUCCGCACUGCACGGGGAAGGAAGAGGCGGAGGAGAAUCUGUGUUUUGCAAGAGGAGAGGAAAACAAGAAUGGAGUUGCCAGAAACGAGGAACGCCUUGAUUCUCAUGGCCUACAUCUUAAUCUUCCUCACCGGUUUCCCCGCCAACCUCGUGGCCCUGCGGGCCUUCGUGGGCCGGGUGCGCCAGCCCCAGCCUGCCCCCAUCCACAUCCUGCUGCUCAGCCUGACACUGGCCGACCUCCUGCUGCUGCUGCUGCUGCCCUUCAAGAUGAUCGAGGCUGCGGCUAACUUCGUCUGGUACCUGCCCAACAUAGUCUGCGCUCUCACGGGUUUUGGCUUCUACAGCAGCAUCUACUGCAGCACGUGGCUGCUGGCGGGCAUCAGCAUCGAGCGCUACCUGGGGGUGGCCUUCCCCGUGCAGUACAAGCUGUCCCGCCGGCCCAUAUACGGCGUGAUCGCGGCCCUGAUCGCGUGGGUCAUGUCCUUCAGUCACUGCAGCAUCGUGAUCAUCGUCCAGUACUUGAACACAACUGAACUCACCAACACCAGUGGCCCCACUUCCUGCUAUGACGACUUCAACAAAGGGCAGCUGGAUGUGGUGCUCCCCAUGCGGCUGGAGCUGUGCCUCGUCCUCUUCUUCAUCCCCAUGACCGUCACCAUCUUCUGCUACUGGCGCUUCGUGUGGAUCAUGCUCACGCAGCCCCAUGUGGGGACCCAGCGGCGGCGCCGAGCUGUGGGGCUGGCCGUCGUGACGCUCCUGAACUUCCUGGUGUGCUUCGGGCCCUACAACGUGUCCCACCUGGUGGGAUAUUUUACCAAGAACAGCCCCAAAUGGCGGACCGUCGCCGUGGUGCUCAGUUCCCUCAACGCCAGUCUGGACCCCAUACUUUUCUAUUUCUCCUCCUCCGCGGUGCGCAGAGCGGUCGGGAAAGGGCUGCAGGCGCUGCGGCACCGGAGCGCCUCCCUGCUGGGACGCAGAGGCAAAGACACAGGGGAGGAGACCAACGUGGACAGGGGCGUGAGUCAAGGAGACACAGUCCCAAGCUCUGAUUACGCCACGGACUAGGGGUGUGCCUGGACUUCCUGAAGCACUCUGGGCUCCGCGGACUGGAGCAGCAGGGAGAGGACAAGGUGUCCUCUCCUGCGGUGUCCCUUCUGGGAUUCGGAAUCCUCAGACCCCAUCCACUGCUGGGGCUGGAAACAGCUCCUCUCACCUGCCUGGUGUCCCUUCCUGACUGAACUUUCCUUCCCAAGGGAGCACGGCUCCAUGACAUAAGAAGAAAUGA